GACGUCACUUAGCAACAUUGACAGACGCAGCAUCGCAAGUGAUCAAUGCAGACGAUUAAUUUUGUACAUCAUUUUAUACGCUCAGUUAUAUUAAUAAAUACUGACUUCGUAUAAAAUGAAAUGGAAUGAGAAGUUUCCGCCACAUCGGCAACCUCAACCGCCAAGCGGCGACAGAGAACCGAGUGGAAACGAACGAGUGCACGAGAAGUCGUGCUUUGGUAACAAUCGACCGAGCGAUCUAAACGGAGUUCUGAUGAAGCCGAUAACGCGUGGAACUAAGAAUGAUUCAGACCGCGUGGGUUAUAUAAAUCAACGUUGGGCAGUUAUUGAUAAUACUAACCCUGCAUUGAAUCAGAUGGCCAAAUAUAUUGAAACUGAAAAGAUUAAGCGCAAACUCGGCGAAAGAAUAGCCCAGCAAUGCUACACGGCGUCUUCGGUCCAAGAAUUCAAUGAGGCCUGGCCAAAGCCAAAUAAAAUAUCUUCACAGUUUCAAGAUGACCGCCAGUUCGCGACUGACCGUGUCCGCACCCAAUACGUGGAUGAAUUAAGAGAAAGCUUUUACAUCAACGAACACUAUGACCCUGCGCUGACGGAGAGAGAGCAAGAAUUGGACAAGAAACGUCAGAGCCUGUUGGAGAGGAAGACAAGGGAAGAUGAGAGAAAGCGAGCCGAAAGGAUAAAGGAGAUGGAACUGGAUCUGAAGAGGCAGGAGUUGCUGAAGAUGAAGACAGAGCACAAGAAAUCUAACAAGAAGCGCAGAAAGAAAGAGAAAUCUGAUAUACAUGUAGACCAAGAAGCAAAUGUUUCGAUUAACAGUCCAGUUUCAAAUGCGCUAUUGACGGAAGAUGUAAAUAAAAAGAAUGUCGGGAUGGGUGUGUUUGUGCCUGCUCCACCUUGCAUUGUUAAACCAGCGGCGAAAGAAAGUCAUCUGAAGAAAGACAUUGACGCAACACCACACGAACUUGAGAAAGGUGUGAUCAGGAAAAUAGAUGUGAAGGAAGAUGUAUUCAAGAAAGCCCUUGACAAGAACAAUGAUGUGCAGGAAUAUCAGAACCAAGUGAACAGGAAAGUGUAUGUAAAAGAAGAUGGCUUGAAGAAAGCCUUUAACAAGUGCCCAGACAUGGGCGAGCAUACGAAUGACCUUAUGCAGAAAAGUGUUGUUUACGCGUGCAACAUUAAGAAAUAUGACAAUAAAAUAUAUGCGACACAAAAUGAAGUAAAGAGCGAUGUUGUGACAAAAACCAAUGCACAAGGUUAUGACACGAAUGUUGUCAAAGAAAGCACGGUUGACACAAGUGAGAAUGAUGCAGCUCCUCCCGUUUGUGGGAAUCCGGACUGGGGGCCUGAGUCGAUGGUCCAACGCAUCAGGAGGUUAAAUUUGAAAUACCUCAUGGGUCAAAAUGGCACCAAUACCGAACCAGCUCCGCCAAAAUGCGAUAAACCUGAAACAACCAGCUACACCAAUACCGAACCAGCUCCGCCAAAAUGCGAUAAACCGGAAACAGCAAGCUACAAUAGGGCAAGAGGAUAUGAAUUUAUUUCAAGCGGACAUACCAAAGAUUUCGUGAAUAAUAGUAACUAUGUACCAACUCCACCGGUGUGCAAACCAAAGGAUGAUUGUGUGUCAGUUGCUAAGAAACCAGCCGUCAUGAGCUGGAACGCUACCACCGCCAAGAUGAAGGUCGGGUUCAAGUCUAAACUGAGGAGAGAACAGGACCAGGCCUCUGGCGAUAAAACCUGAAAAAGACUUGUCUUAUUAUAAGUUUAUGUUCUGUUUGUAUAACAAUACUAUUAUUAAGUAUUAUCAUUGUUAUAAUAAUAAUUAUUAUUUUAUCAAUGCAUUCAGGUUCUAUCAUGUUUAAUAAAACGGCGAGAGAAAUGGA